GGGAAGGUUACCAGUCGAUUAGGACCACUUGGGUGCAGACCAACAUGGCCGCAUGUUAGUCUGGCAUUUUCUUUACUGUUUGCCAACGUUUUAAUGCUCUUUUUGUCUGGGAUAUUGUGCUGAACUAUUCAAAAUUCAAACAUUAUUAACGUAGUAGUUAUUUCGGAAACGUAAACGUCAAGUAACUGUACAACCAAGUCUUAAUGUCCCAGAUGCUGAAAGCUACAAACACUAGUAUGAAUCCUGCUGCUGCUGCUGGCCACACCAUCCCCCUUCAACAGACAGGUCCUGCUCCUAAAGGCCCCUACAUCCAACAACGUCGCCCAGAAAUGACCCCACAUGGAGGCCCCACCUCCUCAUUUACCCCCAACCAGACCCUCAUGUCAGGGUACACCCAGCAACAGAUGACAUCGCCCCCGAUUCCACCAAACCCCCUCGCUAACGUCCCCAUGACAAGCCAGAACGGCAGUCUGCGAGGUGGUCAGAGCGGUGUGGGGGGCGGUGUGACGCUGGUUGACCCCCAGAGUGGCCCUGCCCCCCAGCUGGAGUCCCUCACCCUGGAGGAACCCCAGUCUCUCUCCCCGUCGCAGCAGCAGGAAGGACAGUCCGCCUUGGCAAACACAAAAGAGAAAACCCCUAUGUGUCUUAUUAAUGAGCUUGCCAGAUAUAAUAAGAUCUUGCACCAGUACACGCUCGUCGAUGAGCAAGGACCAGCUCACAAGAAGACUUUCUUUGUGAAACUCAAGUUAGGGGAGGAAGAGUACUCUGCGUCUGGUCCCAGCAUCAAGAAGGCGCAACACUCCGCAGCUGCCAUCGCCCUGGAGAAGACCAGCUUCACCCACCCUCCACCCAAACCCAAUCGCACACCCAAUAUGGGCAGUAUGACAGAAACUAAUAACAUCACUCCAACAGUGGAACUGAACGCUCUGGCAAUGAAGCGAGGAGAACCGGCUGUCUACAAACCCAUUGAACCACGACACCCCCAGUUCUACUCUCCGCCAAACUUUGACUACAGAGGCAUGUAUAACCAGCGCUACCAUUGUGGGCGAAUGCCUCGCACCUUCUACGUGUCUCUCAAGGUUGGUCAGAAGGAGUUCAUUGGCGAUGGCCCAACGCGGCAGGCUGCACGCCACAGCGCUGCAACGAAAGCACUGCGCAUUCUACGCAAUAUGAGUAUGCCAGCUGACAACAAGGGAGAGAACAAGGAGGAGGUGGAGGAGGAUGAUCAAGAUCAGUUGAAAUCUGAGAUCAGUCUGGUACAUGAAAUUGCCCUCAAAAGAAAUCUCCCAGUGGACUUUGAGGUGAUCCGUGAGUCCGGGCCGCCCCACAUGAAGACAUUUGUCACCAAGUGCACUGUGGGGGAGUUCUUGACGGAGGCGGAGGGCAACAGCAAGAAGCUGUCCAAGAAGCGAGCUGCGGAGCUGAUGCUGGAGGAGCUGAAGAAGCUACCGGCAUUGCCAGCGACAACCAUGAGGCCCAAGGUCAAGAAUGCAGUCAACAAGAAGAAGAAUAGAAAUCUCAUCAAGUUAUCGGACAGCCUGGUGCCUAGUGGUGGGAGCACAUACGGCGCGGCGGUGGAGCGGACGGACGGCCUGCAUGCUGGCCAGGUUCAGAAGGCGGAUCCCAGCUAUGGCAGUGGCAUCAACCCCAUCAGUCGCCUCAUCCAGAUCAUGCAGGCACAGAAGAAGAAGGAGCCAGUGUACUCCCUUGUGGCUGAACGAGGUCUCCCUAGACGCAGAGAGUUUGUCAUGCAGGUCCAGGUGGAAGAUCAGACAUGUACUGGUGUCGGACCUAACAAGAAGUUGGCAAAGCGCAAUGCAGCCGAGGCCAUGCUACAGUUGCUUGGUUACAGUCGACCUUCUCCACAACCAGCUAAGUCGUCUAUCAAGACAUCCACAGGGCCUGAUGUCGGGACUGGCGAUAAGAAAGUUACAUUUAGUGACAACAGCACAGAUAAUGGAGCUUCUCUGGGAGGCAUCACGAAGACAGGUCGGCAGCUGGUUCCCGGGGCUGUUGCUUAUUCCUCAAGCUGGCAUGGGGCAAAGUUAGUAUGGGCAGCCAGCUGGGUCCCGAUACGCCCCGAGCAGCAGCUUCGUGAGCUGGCCACUCGCAACAACUUUCAAGUGCAGUUUGACGAUUUUUCAGGCCAGAACAACAGCAAGGAGCAUCUAAGCCGACUUUCGCUGUCUACCAACCCCCCUCAGGUCCAUCACGGCUCUGGAACCACCCCUGAAACCUCCCGGGACAACGCCUCGCUCGCUGCUCUCAAAAUGUUGUCGGAUAUGGGCUACUACAUUGAAGAUAAGAAACACAUUGGAGAUGGGUUGCAGAUAAAGUCUGAGAUCAACACCAGCAUCCCCCUGCCGACACUAGGCGGGGCAACGAGCCAGCUGAUGCAGAAGGAAUAGAGCCUGGCGGCAGCCUUGUCUUGUGUUCCUGUGGAGGACAAUCUGUAGCAGGGACAGUCUCUGUGUAUUUGGGUUAAGGAAAGAUCCCUAUCAAAAACAUUAUUUAGCCAGGUGCAAAAGCAAAUAUUCUCUAAAUAAUUGUGCAUAAUAAGAAAUUGUGCAAGACAAGGUUGUAUGCUGCCAGCCCGCUGUUGUUUCUAUCUUUGUACUUUUCUAGAUAAGCAUCUGUAGCCUGAUCUCUCUAACCCGGUUCAUCUCUAAGUGUGGGGGCUGGAUCACCUACAUGGUAAUCUGCAGAGACCUGUGCUACUGUAACCUAAGUAGACAUUUUGCCCUGGAGGUAUGGUCAAAGGGGAGACAACUGAUUAAAGGGGCAAGGAAAGGGGUUAACUCUUGAAUAAAUUCAAUUUCCUUGAUAAAUUCAGCGCUUAUAAUAUUGCUACUUCCAGUGGUUUUAUGUAGGCACAGUGAUUUUUAAAAGUUUUACAAACUAUGAAUGUUGCACUAAUAUUGUUUGGUGAUGCUGUCUGGCCCCAGUUUUCCCAGUUGUUGUCUUCCCUUUGUAUCCAGCAUGGCUGCACACUGCUUGUCUAAUCAUCCUAUGUUCACUGUACUAGUCUUUGAUUCAACAUUCUAAUGUGAGAGUGCUUACUUUAUUUCAUGUGUUUCAAAAAGAACGAAAGUGCAAAGCAAGAAAGCAGAACUGAUUCUUACACAUGUUGAGGUUAUGCCAGGGAGCUAUGGGCAAAUGCAGAAUUUGGUGCUUUUCAUGUGUAGAGGGUUAAUUUGGAGGGAUACUGCAGGACUUGUUUAUCAAGGGUUUGACAGCCAAGUGUUGUUGAUUAGGUAUUGUGCCCCAAUUGUUCUACAUUGCCCUUUGACAGAUGACCAUGUCACUUCCAUCAUCGUGUGUGAACAUAACUUAAUGUUGUCGUGGUUCUUCACUGGUUCCUGGUUAUCUUCAAAGGGCCAGAAAUUCGGAUUAAGAUUGUUCAUGCUGUAUUUCUAUAUCGACUCCUAGAUCUAAACCGCUCUUUGCUGCUUGAUUCAGACAAAUUGUUGGCUUGUUUUGACUUAUAUGAAGGUAAUCCCCAUAAAUCAAAACAUUUUCAAAAUGUGUCUCCGAUAUCACUCCAUGGAUCUGAUGUUGAAGACAGAGUUAACAGAACAAAAAUUGUCAUCAUCAGCUAAAUUCAUAUGAUCAAAUUAAACAAAUUGUCUGAAGAAAGUUUUCUUUUAUGAGUUUUGAGUUAUACUUUUUUACAUGAGAUCUAGUUGUUUUGAGUCGAUAUAUAAUGGCAUUUAUUAUUUUCUGUCCUUGUUUUAUGGUAAUACCCAGUCUUGUACUGACUGGGCAUUCACCAGCUGAAUUUUCUUACCAAUGGAUGUAGGCCAGAAAUGAAGCGUCAAGCAAAAUUUGCAGUUAUUUUACUUUUUGUCAUAUUUUGGAUGAUGCUCACUUGUCAGAAUUUGAUAACUUUACCAGACAGGAGCAAGCAUAGACUCUGUAUUGCCAAUGGCAUCGAUGUUAGGAAGCAGAUCAAACAUGUCUGGGUCUGUACAUUGUUCCUUGGUUUGGUAAAAUCCACCUCCUUUUGAAUGUUAUGUUGUGUGCUGGGUGUUGCUGGCACCUAUAUUCGCCAGUACUUGUGGUACUUGUUAUUUUGAGGGUGAACUAAUUCUUCCAUUGGUAAGGAGUAUAUGCUUAGUGUGUUUUGCUGUUGUUAUCCAUUUGCUAACUAUUUUGUCAGUAUUCUGCAAUAGUAAAACACACUUCUUCACAAAACCUUCAGCUAUUUGUCAAAAUAAAAAUUUAUUGACAAAGCUGAAA